ACAAAAAGUCAAUGUUGGUCUUAGCCCUAGCCGUGGGGGUCUUUUUGGCCAAGGAUUGAAGCGCCCAAAAGAGGAGGGUCGUCUCCGUGUGGAAGGAGAGUAGGCGGCAGGCCAAAAGAAGAGGAAGAACAGUAGUCCUAAGGAAAAAAAAUGGAGAAGAGGAGAAGAGAAAAAGGGAUAGAAAUAGAACGCUCAGAGUUGGAGCCGGCUCGACGAGGAUCCAAUUCGACCGUUGAGGCCGAGCCUGCCGCUGAGGAUCCAGAACGUGAGCAAAUACUGGAGCAGGAGGAGCAUAUCAGUGGGGAAAAAAAUUAAUCCAGAUCCUGUCAGAACUAGAGGGAGCAGUAAAUAAAACCAAGAUUCUGAAUUUCUGAUGGAUGGAAGUAGCCGACGCAGCCGCGGCCCCUUGUCCUGUACCCGCACGGCUCACCAGCCAGCCUGCCCUUGCGCUGCUGCCGUGCUGCCCUUCCCCCACUAUAACUAGGCGGCGCAUGUACAGACUGCAGAGCAGCACGGGCACCCCUCCCCUCGUGACUGAACUCGCUGGCUCGCCAGGAACGCUCCAGCUUCCAGCUAGGAUCCGAAAGGAACUCACCACCAGCUCGUCCUUCGCUUCGCUCCUCUUCUACCUAGUGUCAUAGUGUGAGGCGCAAGCUUGCGACAUUUGAGCUCGUCUCGGUUUCUUUCUUGCUCUGUUCUGCUUCUUCUUCUUCAUCUCCGGUGGGCUGCGCAAUGGAGACGGCGUUGGCGCUGGCGGCCGCCGUGUUCCUCUUGUCCUCCACGCUCGCUGCUUCAGAGUUCUGCGUGUGCCGGUCGGACCAGCCGGUGACGGCGCUGCAGAAGGUGAUCGACUUCUCGUGCGGGGACGGCGCGGACUGCUCGUCGAUCCUGCAGGGCGGCGGGUGCUACAACCCCAACACCGUCGCCGCGCACUGCUCCUGGGCCGCCAACAGCUACUACCAGAACAACAAGGCCAAGGGUGCCACCUGCGACUUCGGCGGCGCCGCCACCAUCUCCACCGCCGACCCCAGUUUCUCCGGGUGCACUUUCCCUUCGACUGCCAGCGCUUCCGGGGCGACGGGCACCACGACCGUGGGCGGCGCGACGACGGGCACCCUGAGCCCCGGCGUGGGCACCGGGUUCAACGGCACGGGGAUGGGCGGCAGCGGCCUGGGGCCGGCGGGCACCAUGGACGGCGCCGCGGCCGGCCUGCUCCCCGGCGUCCACCCGGCCGCCUUCCUCGCCGCCGCCAUCCUCUCGCUCCUAGCCCUGCACUAGCUCCCCCCCUCCUCCGUUCUCAUCAGCUCCGCCCUCUCGUCCAGCAGUUCUCUGAACUACAUCGACAAAGGAGGAAUGGAAUGGGAAUUGGUUGGACGGCUCCAGUUUGUGGCAUCGGUGGUUGGGGUGUAUUUUUGGCGCCUUCUCAGCAUGCUGGUGUAUGAUUUGAUCUCAUUCGGUGGUGGGGUGGCUGUCUCUGUCCUGCUCCUGCAAGGACCAUUGCCUUUCUUGCUCCUUUUGUUUGGUCACUACAUACAAGAGUUGUCGCUAGCCUCUUUCCUUUCUGUGCUCUCCUUGUUUCGUGAUUUGCCUGUAACUAAAUGUAGAGGAAGCCAAUGGCUUUCAUUCCGGAUUUGUCUGUGGAUGAUCUUAGGUCUCUUUCCGUCGUGUACCUCUCUAUUCCUUUCCUUGUUGGCGGUGGUUGCUGGCCUCGCAGAAUAUGUUUAUUUGUAUGUAGUACAUGUGCAUAUAGAUUGGAGAAUCUUGGGCCUCUGAA